UUGUGUGUGCGGUAUCCUUGAAUAAUUUAUAGUAAAAAUCGUUAUUGUUUUCGUGUAUAUAUCAAGAAAACAUUUUAUAAAGUACAUUAAAGUACAAGAAAUGGUGUAAUAAUAAAAUUAAUUUCGUUACACGUUCGUAACCAAAAUGGGUGGAGGCGAUUUGAAUUUGAAAAAAUCAUGGCACCCAUCUACUAUGAAAAAUAUAGAGAAAGUUUGGAAAGCGGAGCAACAGCAAAACCAGGAAAGGAAAAAGAUAGCUGAAUUGAAGAAAGAAAUAGAAAUGGAAAAGGAUAGGGAGGAUAUGAAAAAGUAUGCAGAGGACCAGGGCGUAAUUGAGAAAAAGGAUGACAAGAAGUUGGAUUGGAUGUACAAAGGACCAAAUCAGUCAGUCAACAGAGAAGAAUAUUUACUUGGACGACCGAUCGAUAAAUCUUUUGAGCAAAUGGUUCAGUCAGAAAAGGAUACAGAAGCAAACCAUGUACCAAGAAAUCAUGUUGAACAUGAAUGUAUCCCGCCUUCGUUACGUUUCUUUUCUGGUAACGAACAAGUUGACCUGGCAAGAAAGAUGCAAGAAGAUCCUUUGUAUGCUAUAAAAAAGAAAGAGAUGGAAACGAGGAAUCAGUUGCUGAAAAAUCCUGUCAAAUUGAAGCAGUUAAGACAGCUGUUGGAACAACAAUCGAAGAAGGACAAGUCUGAAAAAAGACUGAAAAGGAAGAAAAAACAACGACAAAACGUAGAUAGCGACGACGAGACACAAUUAGAUAUGUUGUUAACUGCUAAAUAUAAACAGUUAAAAGACAAAAUUAAUAACAAGGACUUAAUAAAAUCAAUGAAGAAGGUUAAACAUAAACGAAAGAAGAAAUUGAAAAGCGAAAGCGAUAAUUCUAGUAGCGAAUGCGAGAGCAGUAGUGAUGAAAGUUCGGGCGACGAAAGUAUAGAGAAGUAUAAACAAAAAAAGGGAAGUAAAAGCAAAGAAGAUAGCGCUCGAGCUAAAAAACAUAAAGAAAAAUAUAUAGAAAGAGCUGAUAAGAUGGAAGACAGAAGGCAAGAGGCGUACGAGAAACGUGCCAGAAAUCGUAGUUCGAGCAGAGAAAGGAGCGACAGUUUAAUUUGCAAAAAGAAGAGCAGAGUACAAAGAAAAGAUUUUGAUAAGAACAAAGACAGAGAUUUUCAUUCAAGAAUGUCUCGAGAUAGAGAAAAUAAUUCUCAUAAAAGUAGAUAUCACAAUAGAAGUAAUGUUGAAGACGUACGUGCUUCGCACAAGUUAGAUUAUAAGGAAACUAGCAAUCUUAAAUCUUCUGAAAUGACCCAAGAGAAGCAUAAAGAUAAAAAUAAAAGUAAAGACGAGAGAAGGUGGAAUUCUAAGAAGAAACAUCUCACGGAGGAAGAGAAGGAGAAACGUAGACAAGAAAUGAUAGCGAAUGCAACAUGGAGAGAUACAGAGCGAGAGAAAAAUGUUAAAAAAUAUAACGAAGAAGAAAAGAAAGAAAUAGACUGUGGUAAAGAAUAUAAUCAAGAUUUUGUUAGAAAGCACUUAGCGGCUGCUGCGGAAGUAGGUACUAUCGCAUCUAGAAUUAAGGCUAAUAUGAAUAACAUACAACGAUCCGGACGAGCAAUGGACACAAAUUUUGCCAAAAGGUGA